AUCAAUCUACCCAGAACUGGUUCUGGAUCCAGUCUGAACCGGUUCAGGUUCUGGCAGUGACCAGCCUGCAGCUGGAGCUGAUCUUCCUGCGCUGAGCGCUUUCGGCCAGCAGGGGGAGCUGCUGACCUCAGAGCAGCCCUGGCUGUUGCCAUGGUUACCGAAAGGCUGAGUUUCACAGAAAGAGGAAGAAGAGAAGGAGGAAGGAAGUGAGGCGGCUGGUCGACAAACCCAGACUGAGAGGAUCAGAGCGUCUCGUCCCGCCGGGUCCAACUGUCCCGCCGGGUCCAACUGUCCCUCCAGCCAUGUCUUCCCGCUCGGACUCAAAGUCAGCCUCUCAGAUCGUCUUCCUCACCAUGAAGCUGAAGGAUAAGCUCCACCCCCAGCGGAACCGGACCCGGGCCAAGCCUCCAGACCUGGACCUAAGUCAGAACCCGUCGGCCAUCUUGCUGGACCAGGAGCGCGCCGUCCUCAGCUCUCUCCAGUACUUCAAGGCCCUUGUGGACAGACUAGACCUGGACCGACCCACGGGACAAAAACUGGGCCUGGACCGGUCCAUGAUGGGUGGGUUGCUGGGCGGAGCCUCCACCGGCAUCCUGGAAGCCGUCCAGGCACUGGUGGAGCUGGAGCCAGACGAGCUGGACAGUAAGACUGUCUCCGCCCGUCUCGCCCGUCUGUACGGUGCCGUUGCUCAGCUGAUCCGCUGGGCCGACCGGGUGAUGCUGGAGGGCGUCUCUCAUGGCGACGGUGGGUCUUCGGUGAGCGUUACCACGGUGAUCAGGGGCGUGCUGAACAGCGCCAAGGAGCUCGUCCGAUUGGUUGCAGAGAGACGGGAAGGCUCCGCCCCCUUGUCUCCUGUCCAAUCACAAUCCGUGGACGUUGAAGACCAGGAGACGUCCACUGAGAGGCCACCCUGUUCCUCAGGCGAGGGACUGGGGUACGAGAUGGAGACAAAGGGGGAGGGGACACAUGCCCCGCCUAAACCCCCCAUGCCCGUCCUAGAGCCCCUCCUCCAGGCCACGCCCCCUCAGGACCUCGCGUUCAGUCCUCCCGCUCUGCCUCCUAAAAGGCGCCAGACGCCGGCGCUUCCUGUUUCUGCCCGCUGCAGGGUUGCGAUAGUAACGCCAAUAAUCCGGCAGCCUGAGGAAGACCUGCAGGUGGAGGAUGACAGCUGCUGCAAGCGACUCUCUUCUUCCUCUGCAGACUCUGCAGCCAACACCUCAGCAAGUGAGGAUGAUCCGGAUUACGACUUCCUCCACACCAACCUGUCGUCCUCGGAGACGCUGCCCCCACUGCCCCCCGCCCUGCCGGAGAAGAGACGGCACAGCACCACAGGCGUCAGCGGCUCUCAGAAGGCGUGCGCCUUUGGAUUUAACUCCACCCAUGUGGACACAAGCCCCGCCCCCGGUGAUGAUGUCAUGGGCCUUGAAGCCCCCUUGUCUUCCCCCCUGUCCCCCAGUAAGACGCCGCCCCCCCUCCCAGAGAAGAAGCGACACAUCCAUCAGUACCUGCAGUUCUGCUCUACGUCUUCCACCGACCCGUCUGCAGUUUCAUUCUACCAGAAAUAUAAAGUCCGACAGCGAGAUCAAGACUCCGCCCACCAGCUGGACCGCCUGACCACAGGCUCCGCCCCCUCUGUAGAUUCAUUUCCUGCCCCUGCUUUACCACCGAAGAAGAACCAACAGGACACACAGUCUGAGAACGAGGACAGCUCUGUGGACCACCAGCAGGGGUCAGAGUUCAGUCAGAAAAGCGGAGAGGAAGAUGAAGAAGACGAGCUCCUAUUGGCUGACCCGAACGAGAUCCGUCACAGAAUCACUCUGAAGUCUGAGGAGGAGGAGGGGCCAGAGGUAAAGGCUGCGUCUCCUGAGAUCUUAUUGGUCCAAGCCACACAGCCCGGCAGCAGUGAACAAAACCAGUACCAGGAGGCCUUCCUCUGCACCUACCGGGGAUUUGCCACACCCAGUGAUGUCAUCAGCAAGCUGCAGACCAGGUACAGAACCCUGAGGGAAGGUGGCGCCGCUGACCCGACGGCCGCCAGGAACUCCAUCCAGCUGCUGGUCAGAGUGGUGGCCGGGCUCAGUUCUGUGGAGCUGGAACCUGAUUUGCUGCUGCUGCUGUUUGACCUGGUGUUCUGCCUUCUGAUUGGUGGAGAGCUGGGGAUGGCCCGCCUCCUGCACACCAACAUACUGUCCAAGAUGGAGGAGAGGUGGAAGCUGAUUGGCUCCCCUCAGUCGCUCCGCCCCCUCGCAGCCAAAGGCAUAUCCGCCAGACCAGGAACUCUGCUGGACUUCAGGAGUCAGGACCUGGCAGAACAGCUCACGCUGCUGGACUCAGACCUGUUCUGCAAGAUCCAGCUGCCAGAGGUGUUGCUUUGGUCCAAAGAGCAGAACGAGGAGAGGAGUCCUCACCUGACAGAAUUCACUCAGCACUUCAACAACGUUUCCUUCUGGGUUCGCUCCGUGGUCAUCCUGCAGGACAAGCCUCAGGACAGAGAGAAGCACCUGCUGAAGUUCCUGAAGGUGAUGAAGCACCUGAGGAAACUCAACAACUUCAACUCCUACCUGUCCAUCCUGUCCGCCCUGGACUCCGCCCCCCUGAGACGGCUGGACUGGCAGCGGAGCACGGCAGAGAGCUUGGAGGACUUGUCUUCGCUCAUCGACAGCUCGUCGUCCUUCAGAGCGUACCGCGCGGCGCUGGCGGAGGCGGAGCCUCCCUGCAUCCCUUACCUGGGGCUGAUCCUGCAGGACCUGACCUUCGUCCACCUGGGGAACCCCGACACCUUGACGACAUCACAGGGGACAAAGGUCAACUUCUCCAAGUGCUGGCAGCAGUUCAACAUCCUGGACACUCUGAGGGGCUUCCAGAGGGAGCGGUACUCUCUGGCGCGGGAUGAUGACAUCAUGUCGUUCUUCAAUGACUUCAGCGAUCACCUGGCGGAGGAAGCUCUGUGGGAACUCUCUCUGAGGAUCCGCCCACGGAACACUCCACGAGCCAAUCAGAGAUGAGCUGUGGAGGAGCAGCGGCCAAUCGGGACUCGGAAAGGCUGGAUACCACUGGGGUUUAUGGACCUGGUUCUGGACCUGGUUCUGACCCACACUGGUACCAGACUGGACCUGUGCUGGCAGCACCGGUCCAGAAGGGGGCGUGGCCCCUUCCGCAUCAGAACGCGUUCUCCACCGGUUCCACCUGGUUCUGCUCCAGAGUCCGGUCAGAUGGAACCACUUCUCUUACCUUCAGCCUGAUGACCUCUGACCUCUGGGCCCGACUGCACUGAUGGUUGAUCAGUUAUUGAUUAGUUAGACGAUCAGAACCAAAAGCCAGCUCUGCUAAAUCUCAUGUGUCCGUUCCUUCAGAGACAAUUUUAAUUGUUUCAGCUCAACUAGUAGCGACCCGGUACCCGGAGGUUCUGUUUCUGAUGCUCCUCAAAACCGGCCCGAUAGCGGGCCAGCCCAGAACCUGAUGACCCACUUCCUGGUCUGGUCUGGCUGGACUUCAGAAGAACCAGAACAAUAGUGACAGAUUAGGAGGUGGAGAUGGAGGACAGAGAUUUUCUGAGACACACACCUGGAGACAAACACACACACCUGGAGACAAACACACACACCUGGAGACAAACACACACACCUGGAGACAAACACACACACCUGGAGACAAACACACACACACCUGGAGACAAACACACACACACCUGGAGACAAACACACACACACCUGGAGACAAACACACACACCUGGAGACAAACACACACACACACCUGGAGACAAACACACACACACCUGGAGACAAACACACACACCUGGAGACAAACACACACACACACCUGCAGAAUGCCAGGGACACACUAAAGAACAGCUUUACCAGACGUUCACUAUGAUUUUUCUGAAUGAACAAUUUGUGCUGCAGAAGAAGUUCAAUAAAGUUAAACCAGAUUAAAAAUGCUGACUGCUGUCCAUCAGAGGAACUGACAGGAUAUGGAGUGAAAAUAGUCUCAAAAUAUCUGUGUGUGUAAAAAUAUCUGUGUGUGUGUAAUACUGCAUUUGGAACUCGUGUAAGCAUCUUUGUGUGACUUUGGAUAGUUGUGUCUGUGAAACAUGAUUUAUAAACCAUAAAAAAGUGCGCACAAGUCACUUGGUACGCACACACAAAACUGCA